AUGUCAUUAGCAGUUUCUGCGGGAGAGUUUCAUGCUAUGACGUAUGAAUGCGUAACGCGUAUUCCGUAUGGUCACGUAACAUCGUAUGGUCACAUUGCUAAGCUCAUCGGAUACCCUCAGCAUUCACGCAUGGUGGGAGCCGCUCUAAAGUUUCUACAAAACGAUCGCGUACCUUGGCAUCGUGUAGUGCGUGCCGAUGGUAGCAUUGCUGAGCGUGGAGAUGGGGGUGCAGGCGCCUCCCGACAAGCUCAGCGAUUAAUGAGCGAGGGCGUGCCAGUUUCCGAGAUACCCUUAGGGAGUGCUGUAACGCAGUGGCGCGUACAGUCUAUGGCAUCAAAUUCAGGAUAUGGGUGGUUUCCUACGACGUUAUAG